CUUCCACUGAGGACAAGAGGACAGGAGGACAAGAGGACAGGAGGACAAGAGGACAGGAGGACAGGAGGACAGGAAGACAAGAGGACAAGAGGACAAGAGGACAGGAAGACAAGAAGACAAGAAGACAAGAGAACAGGAGGACAAGAGGACAGGAGGACAGGAGGACAGGAAGACAAGAGGACAAGAGGACAAGAGGACAGGAAGACAAGAAGACAAGACGACAAGAGAACAGGAGGACAAGAGGACAGGAGAACAGGAGGACAGGAAGACAAGAGGACAAGAAGACAAGAGUACAAGAGGACAGGAGAACAGGAAGACAAGAGGACAAGAGGACAAGAGGACAGGAGGAAAGGAGAAAAGAAGGACAAGAGGACAGGAGGACAGGAAGACAAGAAGACAAGACGACAAGAGAACAGGAGGACAAGAGGACAGGAGAACAGGAGGACAGGAAGACAAGAGGACAAGAAGACAAGAGGACAAGAGGACAGGAGGACAGGAAGACAAGAGGACAAGAGGACAGGAGGAAAGGAGAAAAGAAGGACAAGAGGACAGGAGGACAGGAGGAAAGCAGGACAGGAGAACAGGAGGAAAGGACGACAGGAAGAAAGGAGAACAGGAGGACAUAAUGACAGGAGGACAGGAAAACAGGAGGACAAGAGGACAGGAGGAAAGGAAGACAAGAGGACAAGAGGACAGGAGGAAAGGAAGACAAGAGGACAAGAGGACAGGAGGACAAGAGGAAAGGAGGAAAGGAGAACAGGAGGACAAGAGGACAAGAGGACAAGAGGACGGGAGGACAAGAGGACAGGAGGAAAGCAGGACAAGAGGACAGGAGGAAAGGAGAACAGGAGGAAAGGAGAACAGGAGGACAAGAGGAAAGGAGAACAGGAGGACACAAUGACAGGAGGACAGGAAAACAGGAGGACACGAGGACAGGAGGACAGGAGGACACGAGGACACGAGGACAGGAGAACAGGAGGAAAGGAGAACAGGAGGACAAGAGGAAAGGAGAACAGGAGGACACAAUGA